ACUCUGAAACAGGACGGGAUCGAGCUUUAUAACGAAGGCGAGUUUCGGGAUGCGAUGAGCACUCUGGCGCGGGCGAGCAAGUUUAAGGAAGCCGAAACCGAUGCCGAGCUUUGGAAUUAUCUGGGUUUGUCUUAUCUGGAGCGCGACGAUGCGAAAAAUGCGCUGAAAUCUCUGGAAAAAGCCGUCAAGAUCGCGCCGCAAAGUGCGGUUUACCGUGCAAAUCUGGCGUUUGUUUACCUGAUGGAAAGAAAGAUAAACAAAGCCCAGUCCGAGAUCGACAAGGCAAUCGCCAUCGACCCGAAAAAUGGGAGUGCUUAUUUUAUUCGCGGAACGGCGAAUCUGUGGGAAAGAAAGCCUCAGGACGCGCUUGCCGAUGCGGAAAAAGCUAUUUCGGUCAACCCUGAAUAUUCCUCAUCGUAUGUGCUC